GCAGAUCAGCAGUGUUAAGAUGGCGACGCCCAGUGAGUUGUCUUUGGAAGAAAUACGCAAAUAUUUAUUGGAAAACGGUGGUUCAGUGCGAAAUCAUGAUCUUGUGAAAUAUUUUAAGAAGUUUUUAACAGAUCCCGAAACACGAGUUGAGGCACGAAAUAGAUUCAAGGAAUAUGUCAAUAUUUUGGCCACAAUCAAAAAUGAGGAGGGUGAAAAGUAUUUGAUGUUGAAGAAAAAAUAUCGUCAAACAUCAUUAGAUCUUUCAUCGCCAAGUUUUAGUUUUGGUAUUUCGCCAACUUCACCAGUGAGAACACCUGAGGUUGCAACUCCUGUUUCUCCUCUUCGUGAACCACCACCUUAUCGUCCUCCACCUCCUGCUCCUUUGAGUCCUGCAAGUUACACAACAUCGCCUGUUUCUCGUUAUCAAAAUGAAUUUUCCGAUGAAGCAACUGGUGGUAUUUUCCAUAAUCAAUUGGAGAGAAAUACAAAAGAAACAAGUGCCUUUAAACAAUUUACUGAUGAAUCACCUGAUCUUCCAACAUCACCUCCUGUACCACCGAGACGCAAAAGUCAAGAUAAAGUCAAAGUUGAAAACAAAGAAAACGUCAGUGUUGAAAAGCCGAAAACUGUUGCGGAAAUCAUCAUAAAAGAAGACGAGAUUCCAGCGACAACACAAUCAUCAGCUGAACAACUCAGUGUCCGUGAGCGGAUGCAACGGUUCAAUCGAAUGGCUACCGAGACUGAUCUUAACUCAUCUCGUCCUACUAGUGGAUCUACACCACCCAUUAAGAAACGUUCCGAUAAGGGAACGGAGGAGGAUGACAGAGCUUCCGUUGCUUCGCAACUGGACGGAAAGUCACGCGAAUGGCUGGUGAGAGCUGCACAAGGAGAUUACCAAGCCCUGGCGAAACUUGCUGCUGAGGAACCUCGUCUCACCAGAAUGAAGGAUCCAUCUUCCGUGAGUAUAUAAACACAUUAUGGGAGACUGCAAACUCCAGCCAAACGAACCUGAAAUUCACGAGCAAUCGUGGGUGGACAGAUUUACGCGCAUUCU